UUGAACAUCCUCUCACAUCUGAGGCUGAACAUCUGCCGUUCAAUUUUUGUAUAAUCCACAAUAAACAAAAAAAAUUGACUUUCUCAGUUAUAACACAAAAAAAAAGGGAGCGCUUAAUAAAUCUUGUAAGGCAAUAUUAAGAAAUAACGUCAUCACGACUGGACUGUACUUGACAAAAGCUUCUCAGACCAGUGUUCAGCAUCUCCAACAACCAAACAGAACACAUCAUAUAAAUGUUUCUUUUAUGAGCUUUCUACACAAGCUGAUCGCUGAGAUGUAAAGCAGCAUCGUGGCCUGUUUCAUUCACUGUUUACCAUCUGUCUUAUCACGGCUCAUGUCUACGAACACACACAAGUCAAAGUAACUCCUGGCCCAACAUAUUACCUGCAGGCAUUUUGGUGUAUGUACACAGUGGCGUCGUAAACACUGUUUGUGCCUUUCAUUUCCGAGUGGGGGGCUGGAGUCGAUCCUGCUCUGUGGGUGUGGGACAAUAAAAAGAGCAGGAGAACCUGUGACUCUUCUGAGGCAACAGCAAAAGUCAUUGUACACAAUGGACAAGAAGAUGCUCUGGGCGGCCGUGAAGCUUGUUUUGACAGGUUACUUUGGAAUGGGUUUGGGUGAAAGUAUUUUACCCCUGGGACCCCUGAGUGGAGCUGUGGCUGACUCUGUGAAAUUCACCACAAACGUCCAGCCUCCGGAGAAUCCAUUCAUCUCCGUCAGCUGGAGUUUCAAAGGGGUCAACAUCAUCACCUCCACGAGUGCCUCAAACACCACGAGGCCCGAGUACACCAACAGAAUCUCACUGGACCGAGCCACGGGAGGCCUGGAGCUCAGAAACCUGGUGCUGGAGGACGGUGGGGAGUACACCGUCACCAUCGUACCACUGGAAGGGCCACAGAAGCAGGGGGAGACCACCCUGAAUGUGUAUACAACAAUAACAGCAGCCACCAUCCGCAGCCCCACAGCCAUCCUGAUAGAAGAUGCAAGCUCCACCAAUCUCACCUGUGAGGCCUCUGGCUCCAUCAGCAGCAGAGUCUGGAUGAAGGACGAGCGGCCUCUCCGUCCCAGCAGCAGACUUAGCUUCUCCGCAGACAACCGGACAGUGUUCAUUCAACCUGUGGACUUCUCCAGCCAUGGCACGUACCAGUGUCGAGUCAGCAACCCAGUCAGCAGCAUGACUGUGGCUCAUAACCUAACUGUCAACUUUGGGCCACAUAACAUUUCCAUCACUGGACCAUCGGCAGCUCCGCCCGGCCAGCGGGUGACACUGCAGUGCACGGCCGAUUCUGUCCCACCGGCAAACUUCAGCUGGAUGUUCAAUGGCAACGAGACUCAUGUUGACAACUCCGUGUUUAUUAUAGAAAGGCUGGAGGCAGAAAACACAGGGAAUUACACCUGCAGUGCCCGAAAUAUGGUGACCAUGCAGGAAAACUCCACUGUGCUGAAUCUGAGAGGUUUUCUCUGCGUUUAUGAGUUGUUAACAAUGAAAACUGGCAGCACAUCAACUCUCAUACUGCUGGAGAUGAUCUACAUCACAUUAAUCCCAGCUCUGAAGGCACAAAAAUUCAGCGUCCUGCCCGAGGUGACUGGAUAUCUCGGGCAUGAUGUCACCCUGCCAUGCCAGUUCAUCAAAGGAACAACCAACACUAUCACCCAGGUUCAGUGGGAUCUGCUGGGACCAGAGGGAAACAACACACGCCUCCUAGUUUUUAACAGCCAGUUUGGGCUGCAGAUUUUCGAUUCUUCUCUGAAGAAGAAAGUGAAACUCGCAGAACAAUCGCUGAUAAUUGAAGAUGUUGAGAUGAAGGAUGAAGGGUCGUACAUGUGCUCCAUUUCAACCUUCCCCAGUGGUUCAUUUGAAGGAACAACCAAGCUCAUUGUACGAGAAAAGAUGCUGUUAUCAUCAGGGGUGGUGUCUGCUGUAGUGAUUGCUGUCAUACUGCUGGUGGGGAUCAUGGCAGCCAUAACGUACUCCAUCUUCAUCAUAAGGUGUAACUCUUCAGUCAGCCACAAUGUCUUCACUGACACAGGUGGGACAGUGAUGGAUGUGUCCAGGUCAUCUGGUAUUGAAAGAGCUGAGGACGUGGUCUACUCUGAUGUCAAGUUCAAACCACCCUGCUAUGAGACGACCUCGAACAAUGACGAACACAGGAAGUCCUUGAAUGGUGAUGUCACAUACGCAAGUGUAAUGGUUUUGGGUCGGAGGCCUAAAUAA